UGUUGCUCGUGGCAUCAAACUUCAAGUCCAUGUUCGUGACCGGGAUUCUUAGCGGAGCUGUUUAGAUCCCGGAGACAAGCAACACUCCUAGAAGAGAAGAGGAGAAGAAAAGAAAGAGAAGAGGAGAAAGUGUCAGUGCCCCGCCGACACGCGGCGUCGCCCCGGGUGACAGCGGGUCCCAUCCACCCCGACGAGCAGCAAGGUCACCUUGGUCUGGAUGUAGUGGAGCAGGGGAGCUCGGCUCUCCUCUGUCUGCCCCCCUUCUUCUUCUUCUUCUUCUUCUUCAUCUUCUUCUUCAUCUUCUCCAUCAGCUGCUGCUGCUGCUCUCGGAGUACCGAGCAGAGAGCGCAGCAGCCUCCUCUUCCUCCUCCUCUUCCUCCUCGGGACUUCACUGGGUGAUAAAUCCACUUGUGCUCAUCGUCCCUCGCUGUUCACCUGGACACGCGUCGUCACGACAGUAGACAGGGGUUGGGGGGAAAUAACGGAGGGGGGUUGGAGAGAAAAGAAAAGAAAAGUGAGCAGUCCCUCUGAGGUGAGGACUUUGGCACAGGGUCUCGGGAGCGAUGGCGGCGCCUGCACCCUCCUCCUCCUCCUCCUCCUCCUCCUCCUCUGGCGGCGAGCCGGAGCCCAGCUCCACACGGUUACGACCACCGGGCUCAAGCUAUGAUGCUUGGUGUGGAGUUGCACAUGGGUGUACUAGGAAAUUGGGAAUGAAGAUAUGUGGGUUUUUGCAGAAGAACAACAGUCUGGAGGAGCGCAGCCGGAUCGUGAGCUCCCUCCAGGAGCGCACGGCCAAGAGCCUGCUGACCUGCGACAACGGCGGCGGGGACGCGCGCUUCAGGCGCACGGAGACGGAUUUCUCCAACCUGUUCGCCAGAGAUCUGUUGCCUGCUAAAAAUGGCGAGGAACAGACCAUGCAGUUCCUGCUGGAGAUUGUGGAAAUACUCACCAACUACAUCCGGAAGACCUUUGACAGAUCCACCAAGGUGCUGGACUUCCACCACCCCCACCAGCUGCUGGAGGGCAUGGAGGGCUUCAACCUGGAGCUCUCCGAGCAGCCCGAGUCCCUGGAGCAGAUCCUGGUGGACUGCAGGGACACCCUGAAAUACGGAGUGAGGACAGGCCACCCCCGGUUCUUCAACCAGCUGUCCACUGGAUUAGACAUCGUUGGGUUGGCUGGAGAGUGGCUCACCUCCACAGCCAACACUAACAUGUUUACCUAUGAGAUCGCCCCUGUCUUUGUACUCAUGGAGCAGUUGACACUGAAAAAGAUGAGGGAAAUCAUUGGUUGGCCUGAGGGAGAGGGUGACGGAAUAUUUUCUCCAGGAGGAGCGAUCUCCAACAUGUACAGUGUGAUGAUUGCCAGAUACAAGUACUUCCCUGAAGUCAAGACCAAAGGCAUGACAGCUGCACCCAGACUGGUCCUCUUCACCUCAGAGCAUAGCCACUAUUCCAUCAAGAAAGCCAGUGCAGCUUUGGGCUUUGGAACAGAAAACCUGAUCCUUUUGAACACAGACGAGAGGGGGAGAGUCAUUCCUGCUGAUUUGGAAGCCAAAGUAAUAGAAGCCAAGCAAAAGGGGCAUGUUCCGAUGUUUGUGAACGCCACCGCCGGUACCACUGUCUACGGAGCCUUCGAUCCCAUCAAUGAAAUUGCAGACAUCUGUGAAAAGUAUAACAUGUGGCUUCAUGUGGACGGUGCUUGGGGAGGAGGUCUGCUGAUGUCCAGGAAACACAGACACAAGCUGAACGGAGUAGAGAGGGCCAACUCAGUCACCUGGAACCCUCAUAAGAUGAUGGGGGUGCCACUGCAGUGCUCUGCCAUUCUGGUCAGAGAGAGGGGAUUACUACAGAACUGCAACUCCAUGUCUGCAGGCUACCUCUUCCAGCCAGAUAAACAGUACGAUGUUACUUACGACACUGGUGACAAGGCAAUUCAGUGCGGACGGCAUGUUGAUAUCUUUAAGUUCUGGCUUAUGUGGAAGGCAAAGGGAACAGUAGGGUUUGAGCAGCAUAUCGACAAGUGCCUGGAUCUGUCAGCGUACCUCUACAAUAAGAUAAAAGACAGAGAGGGCUUCAAGAUGGUGUUUGACGGAGAGCCACAGCACACCAACGUCUGCUUCUGGUACCUUCCACUGGGCCUGCGAGGCUUGCCGGAUGGCGAGGAGAGGCGGGAGAGGUUGCACAAGGUGGCCCCAAAGAUCAAGGCCAUGAUGAUGGAGUCUGGGACAACGAUGGUGGGAUACCAGCCACAAGGAAACAAGGUCAAUUUCUUUCGUAUGGUCAUCUCCAACCCUGCUGCUACCAGGUCAGACAUCGACUUCCUCGUUGAGGAGAUUGAGCAACUGGGGCAUGACUUGUAAGAGCUACCACUUUCACUGUAAAGCCGACCACUACCCCCAAACAUCUGGAGAGCCUAGAGCUCAGCUUCACAUCCUUUUUUGUCUUAUACAGAUGUUGACAUUUUUGCUUACAAUGCACAACAAAUAGUAACAUGCCCUGUGUGUCACUUCUCUGUCUCGUCUGUCUUUAGCAGCGGUGGCAUAUAAUUAAAGCAUUUGCACAAGCGGGUGUCUGAGUAAAAAGAACAUAUACGAGAAUCACACAUAAGCACACCGUUAUUCUUGCCAAACAAUAAUAUGUUAAGUGUGAUGUCAAUGUGAUGAGUUUAACGAAAGGUUCCUUUUCAUGUUAAUGUGACAAGAAUAUCUGAGCACUUGGAUGAUUCUGUCAUAUAGCAGGUAUAACUGUCAUUUUAUUGUUGUACUAUAUGAAGAUCAGUAUCAAAAAAUGAAUAAGAUCAAAAUAUUUUUUCACAAGUAUCAGAGCACAAUGUAGGGAACCUCACAGCAUUGACAUAAAUAGUAUUAAUGUAAAAUAUAUACAUGAUGUUCUGACUGUUGGUGCUCCAUCUAGUCUAUGUCAUUAUCAAGCCAGAUGCAACGCCAUAUUGUACCCUAGCUGUUACUUCCCUUUGAUAUUACAUACGUGCGGAUAUAUAACACAGUCAUUGUAACAGGUACUGUACUUGAGUGCUGUGUUUUUAGAUAUUUUUGUGUAGAUUGUGUAUAGUAUUGUUACAUUGCCUUUGUGCCAAAUGUGUCCAGGUUUUACAGUGAGAAAACCCUAUAUGUAAAUCAACCAGUAUAGUAUGUGAUAGAAUAAUAACUUUAUUUAUAUCAAGAGAUUAUAAUUGUGAAUAGGUUACCUGCUAUUCUGCUCCAUUCCUAAUGUAUCCUUCAUGAUUGGAAAUUCUGCUGUAUCAUACCAAGUCUUUUAGCGUAAUUGUGAACCAAAGAAGGGAUGAGUUACAACAUGUACACGGACCUUAUUCGAACCUCAUGGAUGAAUUCAUAUGUUUAUGUAAGAAUACUUUAACUUGCAGCCCUUAACUUAGUGCAAUCCAUGUUGUGUAACUGUGCAAUGUCAUUGUAUUUCACUGACUGAAUGUUGUCCGGACAUUUGGCUCGAUGUGGGAGGCUCGACUGGCAGUGCAGCUGCUGCUGAUGAAAAGCACAAUGCUAAACCAUGAUCAUGUGGCAGCUUAUAUUCUAGGGACAUAUGAUUGUCUGUAUUAUAAUGUGUUCAGUGGCGUGAGACUGUAAUAUGUAACAUUUUGUUGUGUCCCAACAUGCUCACUGCAGGCACACUUUUAUGUUGAGGAGAAAACUAUGUGAGAAACGGGGAUUAUUCAUCAUAUUUUUUUGCUUGAACAAUUAAAUGCACAGUGUUUGCUACUGUAAUAACAUUUAGUGAACAAUUGUACAUUUCUGAAUUAGUGGGAUAAAACGUCCCUUGUCAAACUCAAUGUAGGCACUUUAACCUAACCUCACACUAUCAUUUGCAGAGUAUUACUGUUUUAUCCACAGCACUAAUAAAGACAUGGGCUGUAGAACAUCUGCGGACACAGUUUUUUCAGUUUGUGAAAAAGGACCUUUGAACUGAUAAAUAAUCUAAUAAAUAUGUGUGGAGAACAA